GACAGACCCUAGGUCCUGGGAGUAAAGGAUAUGGGGUCCCAUGUGGCACCCUCUCUUUGGCAUUCACUGGGUCUCAGGGCUUAACCGGUUCUACCCUGUCCUGCCCGGCUCCGCACCGACCGACCAGGCAAACAGCAGCCCCUCAGGCCACGCAGACUGACCGAGGAAGGAAGGAAGAGACCAGCUGGGAGUGACUACCCUGGAGCGCUCCGUGCCCUGUAAAGCAGGCCCCGGGAGCCUCUGGCCCCGAAAGGCCGUGGAGCGCCACCGCAGACGUCUGGAAGGGCGGGAAGGGCAAGCCCAGUGGAGAGCAUCCGCCGCACAAGUUGGCAUAGUCACAAGAGCCCGCUACGAACCCAGGUCUGGAUGUUGCCCAGUUGGUUGAGUAUAGUUAACAGAGAAUACCGCAAAAUACAACCAUUCUCCGUAUUUCCGUGUCCUUAUUUCUGGAUUCUCUCAAGAACAAGAACUUUGUUUUAUUCACCUCUGGGCCCAGCAUUCUGCCUGCCAUGAGAAUGAAGACAUUCAGAUGUUGUUUUAAAUACCCCCUACAGCGGAAAGUUUCCAUCCUGUUUUUAACCCUGUGGCUAUUCUCCUUGUUGAAGCUUCUCAACGUGGGAAGACUCCUUUUCCCUCAAAGGGGCAUUUACCUGGUUGAGUACUCCCUAAGUACCUCGCCUUUUGUAAGAAACAGAUACACCCAUGUGCAGGAUGCAGCCGGCUAUGAAGUUAACUGUUCAGGUAUCUACGAACAGGAGCCUUUGGAAAUUGGCAAGAGUCUGGAAAUAAGAAGACGAGACAUCAUCGACUUGGAUGAUGAUGAUGUCGUGGCAAUGACCAGUGAUUGUGACAUUUAUCAGACCCUAAGAAGGUACCAUCAAAAGCUUGUUUCAGGGGAGGAGAAAAGCUUCCCAAUAGCCUAUUCUUUGGUUGUUCACAAAGAUGCCAUUAUGGUUGAAAGGCUAAUCCAUACGAUAUACAACCGGCACAAUAUUUACUGCAUCCAUUAUGACCGAAAGUCACCUGAGGCCUUCAAAGUUGCCAUGAACAAUUUAGCUAAGUGCUUCUCCAAUAUCUUCAUUGCUUCCAGGUUAGAGACUGUGCAAUAUGCCCACAUUUCCAGACUCCAAGCUGAUUUAAACUGCUUGUCAGACCUUCUCAAAUCUUCAGUUCAAUGGAAAUACGUUAUCAACCUGUGUGGGCAGGAUUUUCCUUUGAAGUCAAACUUUGAAUUAGUGUCAGAGUUGAAGAAACUCAAAGGAGCAAACAUGUUAGAGACGGUGAAACCCCCUCGAAGUAAAAUGGAAAGAUUCACAUACCGCCAUGAACUGAGACAGGUGCCUUAUGAGUAUGUGAAGCUUCCAGUAAGGACGAACAUCUCCAAGGAAGCCCCUCCUCAUAACAUUGAGAUAUUUGUUGGCAGUGCUUAUUUUGUUUUAAGUAGAGCAUUUGUUAAAUACAUUUUCAACAACUCCCUCGUUAAAGACUUUUUUGCCUGGUCUAAAGAUACAUACUCACCUGAUGAGCAUUUUUGGGCCACCUUAAUUCGGGUACCAGGAAUACCUGGGGAGAUUUCCAGGUCAGCCCAGGAUGUAUCUGACCUGCAGAGUAAGACCCGCCUUGUCAAAUGGAAUUAUCAUGAAGGCCUUUUCUAUCCCAGGUGUACUGGCUCUCACCUCCGCAGUGUGUGUAUCUACGGAGCAGCAGAAUUAAGGUGGCUUAUCAAAGAUGGACAUUGGUUUGCUAAUAAAUUUGAUUCUAAGGUGGACCCUGUCUUGACUAAAUGCUUGGCAGAAAAGCUUGAAGAACAACAGAGAGAGUGGAUCACUUUGUCUUCAGAAAAGUGAUUUAUGGAUCAAAAUCCCACAAUCAUGUUGUGAUAAAAUCAUGAUGGAAGUAAGCUGUCUGAUGAAUGGAGUCAAUAUGGAGUUGUAUACUACCAUGCCCAGUACCAUUUGAGCUUAGCUUUCUCGUAGUCUGAAAGAUGUCUACAAUUCCAUGCACGAGAGAAAGGGACCUAGCCUUGGGUGACAGUUAGCCUGCAGUUGCUUGGGUGUUUUUAUGUUUGUUUUUGCUUGUAAUCUCACUGAGCUAAAUCAGAGAUCUUAAACAGCUAGUCAUCAGAGAUUUAUUGAGCUCCUACUGUAUGCCAGGUACUUUUUUAGAAACGUGUAGGAAUUAAAUCCAAGUUUUAAUGAGUUAUACAUUGACCUCCCUCAAGGAACUGUGGCUUACCCUAAUCACACAGCAACCUAGUAUCUUAAAUUCUCCACAUAACAGUCAGGACUCUACUGGAGAAGUUUUGCAGUGUAGGGUAAUCAUAUUACCAUAUAACCUAGCCAUUUUGGAACAGCGUUUAAGUACAGUGACCAACACUCCUCUCGUCCCUUAAUUCAGCUCCCUUGACUUUUCCUGACAGAAUAUGAGAAGGAGAGACGCCACUACCUCAGAAAAGCUCCAAGAAUUGUCCAAUUUCCUGCUUGCCAAAGCAUAAUUUACCUUUCGGUGCCUCACUCAUUCAAUUCAGGGUUGGGAGACUGUUGGUGGGGCGUUUAUAGUGUAUGAGUGUUAGG